AUCAAGCACCCCAUUCUCCCAUAGCACAGCUGCUGCCAUGGGUCAUGAUUGGCGAGCGGCCCAUAGUGGGCAUAGACAUAGUGCUUUCAGAUCGUGAUGUCAAGCUCCACCAAGAUCCCCCGCGCCUUUGCGCCCAAAGCGGACGGGGCUUCGACGCCGGUGUUGCUGUCGCGGCCGCGGGGGCCGCCGAAGGUGGUGCUGCCACCCAAACGGCAGGAGGAGGAGCAACGCCCAAGCGCCGCAGCCACCGCAGCUAUCGCAGCCACUGCUGCCGCCCCGAGCCCGCCGCGGGCGACGCCGAGGGCGCAAGCCGCGCAGCAAGCGCCGCAGCUUUCAGCUACGGAGCUGGCAACGCCCAAAGCGCCGCCGGAGAAGAAGCGUGAACCGCAACCAUCGCCAAAGGUGAGAACUCAGGCACUGGAGCGUGGGAUGAUCGUGGCCUACGAGGAGCAGCUAGGUGCCCCCGAUGCCAGCAUCGGCGUGGUGGAUAGCGUCUUCGCCGCCAUCAACGAGGUCUGGAUCAUUCCCGAGGAUGCGGAGGAUACCACGGUGCGGUGUAGCACAAGUCAGGUGAAGUUCUUGGGAACUUGGUCCAAGACCUUGGAAAUCAUCAAUUCCAUCGACGUCCCUGCAGAUCUAGAAGCCAUCUUGGGUCCGGAUCAGAUGGAACAGGUACAGGACUUGGCCAAGGAUGUCCCAUGCCAUUUGGAAUCUUUGCCUCCUGAUGCAGCCCCCGAUGCGGGCCCUGCACAGCUGAUCUUCGGCCCGGCGCCGGCGAAGGACGUGAAGCUCGCUGUGGAGGCCGUGGUGGGCCAAGUGGACGGCCUGGAGUUCCCCGCGCCUGCGCAGCCCACGGAUGCCACUUCUUUGGGCCUGGACCCCAUGGCAAGCGCCAUGGCAUGGAUGCCGUCCAUGGGCAUGUCCAACGUGCCCAUGAUGAUGGUGCCAGUCUGGAGCGGCACACAAUGGAGCGGCAUGGGAUGGUCGAUGGCUGGCGUUCCCUGGGAGGAAGAUCAAGGUCAAGGCGAAUUUCAGCCCGAGGGCCACGACGCCUUCCCCGACGCCUUCCCUGACGCCUCCUGGGCCGCGACCUUCGCCGACCCGGACCCCGCCGAGCCUGCGGAGCCCGCGGAGAACGGCGGCGCGGUGCCGCCGUGGCGCAGCCAGGAGCUGCCGCCGCCGCCAAAGCGCGUCUCGAGUCUGGCCACGAACAACGCCACGGUGCGGGUGAAACGCUUCCGCAGGGCGCAGCCGACGCAGCCGACGCAGCCGACGCAGCCGACGCAGUCGACGCAGCCGACGGAGCCGACGGAGCCGACGGAGCCCACGGCCAGGGUGAAGGAGGAAAUCGAGCCGGAGAGCAAGAGUUCAGCUCCAGCAACGGCAGCAGGUGUGAAGGCUGAGCAGGAGUCGAGCUUGCUCUACUGGGCCAAGAGACAGCACCAGUUCAAGGAGCUGCCAAAACUGCCGCAGGGAUGGAUUCGUGUCCCCUCCCGGCAGUCCUCCGAGAUCUACUACGUGAAUCUCAGCACGGGGGAAGCCACCUUCGAUUCGCCCCUGGAUUUACCACCUGGUUGGGAGGUGGUCACCUCCAAAUCUACGGGCAAGCAGUACUUCUGGCACGCGGAGCUGCAAAUCUCCCAGUUUGAGCGUCCAACCUGACCACGCAGAACAUCCCUGAAAUCGGAAGCCGCCAUGUUUGUUUCAGUCAUGUGAGCUAGUCUCAAUAUCACAAAGCUGGAUCUUAG